UCAGAACACAUCAGAAUGGAUUCGUCGCAGACUCAGAACACAUCGUUGCAGCGACUUCAAAAUGUUGAGAAAGUCGUACUUCUUCCUCGUUUCUUGUUUUUCAUUUUUUCACAAAAAUGGAAAAGCAUAAUUUAUACUUUUUUCUUUUAUGGGUUGCAAUUGCAGACAAUAGUUAGGGUUCUGGAGCUGGCUAGUGGAGUUAUGGACGAGCUGGCUGCUCCUACUGGUCCUCGUAAAGAAUUUAUCAACAACAAUUGCCGUGAGUUCAUGCAAAUGAUCAAGGACAUCCAGUUUACUCUGCGAAAUGAAAUAAAAAGUGCGUGCGAGUACCGUCCAUUUGAGAAGUGUGACUACAGCUGUAGAAUCUCCAAUGAGAUCUGUUGUAAGAAAUUGGAAUAUGUUAUUUCGCAAUUGGAUGCCAUCAAACUAAGUAUUGAUCAAUAUGAGGAUGCCCUUUGAAGAUGCGUUGAGUCUGCUUUUUAGGACAGAAACCUCACUUCCCUUCCUGUGCUCAGCACUCUCUCUACACUACAGGCUUCCAUUUGUUGCUUUUGAAUUCCUGUAUUUUCUUCUUACAUUAUGGAGCUUUAUAUGUAUGGACAUUGUUGGCCUUAUGUUUAAUUUUUCAUUUAAAUCAACCUUUUCGUCAUUAUUCUUCUA